AUGCAUGUUUUAGUUCACACAGUUUUCAAAUUCCGUUCUAUUUUACCCAUUUCAUUUCACAAAGCUAUCUGUUUCUCAGUGCAGUGCAGAUCCUACUCUGCAAUCGUGCCUAUCGCUCCAUAUCUGCUGGAUCGUACUAAACCUCCUGAAGAAAUACUAAAGAAUUUAACUCCUGAUGAUGCUCGGCGACUUGAAUACAUUAAAGCCGAACACGAUAUGCUUCUCGCUAGUGGCAAACCUGCGCCUCUGAAUUUAUCUGCCUUGGAUUAUCUGGAGCUUUUAUGUUGUGCCUCACUCAGUGCUCGUAAUCGGUACCACUUGUUUCGGUUCAAGGUUUCCAAGCGUAAAGAAUCUAAGAAAGCUAAGCUCGCGAUAAAGGCUGAGAAUGAGUCAUCUAGAGAACUGACUCAAAAGAACCAGAUUCUGCGCAUGAUAACAUCUUCUCCGGUUCGCAUGCACCAUGACGAUUGGGUGGGAGCUGAACUCCGCACUGCUGAAGAUUCCGCUCAGACACUAGUUUUCGACUGCUCUCAUGACAGCGAAAUGCGUAUUAUGGAUCAGAAGAAUCUUGCACGCCAAAUGGCAAUGGCUUUUGCGCAUAAUCGAACAAUCCGACCGUUCCCAUUUCAUUUUAUGUUUACGAGCCUUGUGCCUGGAACUAAUCAGUAUCGCUUUUUUGAGGAGGCUUUCGGCACUUGUAGUUCGCCCGGAGACUCGAAAUGCUUGGAGAGUUGCCUCUUCACGGUAAGGUCUGAACACUUCAGUGAAGUGAUGAAGGAUCGCAAACUAAUAUAUCUUAGUCCAAAUGCAUCCCGCUCAUUCCAAAACGGUGAAUUUGAUCACGAUGCAACAUUCGUUGUUGGUGGCAUCGUCGACAGGGCUAUUCGUCGUCCCAUCACGUAUGCGAAAGCCCGCCGUGCUGGUACGUUUGUCCUUCAUUUCCUUCGAUCGAUUGCAUUUUCAGGUUGGGAAUGCAUACGGCUUCCGUUAGAGCGAUAUCUGCACUGGCGCUCAGGCAGCAAAACUCUCACGUUAGUGACCAUUCACGCUAUUCUGGCCACAGCAAAGGAGACAAACGGGGAUUGGAAGACUGCUCUGGAGCGAAAUAUUCCUUUGCGCUUUCUCCGAGACCACGAUUCUGUUCAAAGAGAUAUCAACAAACUCUUCCAGAGCAUCUGA